UUCAGUUCAGUAAAAGUAAUGUUUGAGAUUUGAAUCCACAUCAAAGGAGUUUUAUCUUUCCGCGCCCCCUUGAGGAAGACGAGCCAAUAACAGCUGCUGCUCAGUGAGUCACGCGCAUGCGCGCUACGACAGAUGUUCACGACACUGGAGGACGCGUUCACAGCAGCAGCAUGAAAACUGCAGUUCUUACAACUGGCUGACAUAUUAUGAUAAGGAUGGAGAUUUUUAAAGAGGAGAUUGAUAUGUGUGAUCCAGAACCAUCCAGAAUGAAUCAUGAAGAUACUGAGGAACAAACAGACCUGACGGAAGCGAAGGAGGAACAUUUAAAACCUAACGAAGAGGAAAAUUAUUUCUCCCAAAGACCAGAAGCCAAAACCCCCUUCGCCUGCCCUCAAUGUGAAAAGAGGUUCACACAGAAAGGAAGUCUCAUUAGUCACCUCAGAAUUCACACCGGAGAGCGUCCCUACACGUGUCCGCACUGCGACAGGAGCUUCACCCGUAAAUACAGCCUGAAUGUGCACCUGAGAGUCCAUACUGGAGAGAAACCAUACGCUUGUUCUCAAUGUGCAAAGACUUUCACGCAAAAGGAACACCUGAAUAAUCACAUACGAAUUCACGCUCGAGAGAAACCCUUCGUGUGUCAACAAUGUGGAAGUGGUUUCACACGUAACGACAGCUUGAAGAACCACUCCAGAAUCCACACUGGCAUAAAACCCUUUAUUUGCCCUCGGUGUGGAAGGAGUUUUAACUGGGCUCACAAUUUCAACAGCCACCUGCGCUCUCAUGCUGAAGUGAAGCCUUGUGAUCAAUGUGGCGAAAAAUGUCCAUCUGCGUCCGCUUUAAGAUAUCACCUCCAAGCUCAUGCAAACAAAAGACUUUACUUCUGUCCUUCAUGUGGAAAGAGUUUUGCAAGGCUGGACUCUUUUAAAGUGCACCAGAAGUUGCAUAGCGGCGUGAGACCUCACGUGUGCCCAGACUGCGGCCGGACGUUUAAUAAAGCCACCAACUUGAAAGAGCACCAGAAGAUUCAUUCUGGAGAAAGACCGUACACGUGUUCGCUCUGUGACAAGAGUUACAGCCAGUCGGGAUCCCUGAAAGCACACAAGCGGGUUCAUACCGGAGAACGACCGCAUCGCUGCGCUCAGUGUGGGAAGAGCUUCUUCAAAUCGAGUCAUCUGUUGGCACAUACAGAAAUACACCGUCCAAAGGCUUCACAGCGAUAAACCACAAACAGACUUGGAACUUUCUAAGAAGAUAUUGUCUGGUGCAAGUGCAGUGUUUUG